ACAACUGGCGCCCUCGCCACGCCUAGAGAGAGAAAACCAAGGGGAAAAGCAGGAGAUGGUCAUUGCCUUGGCCAUGCGAGAAAAAGGAGAAGAAACUGAAGAGCGGCCAGUAGCUGCACGUCUGAUCGGCAGGCGACAGGCCUCGUCGUCGGUCACCUGUGGUGUGGCAGCGCCGGCUCCGGUGGCCGCUGUGAGCAACUGGGCCUUGAUCUUGGAACAAAGAGGGCGGCAGAAUCGCGCCGUUUGGAGGAAGAAGCAGUCAAGCAGGAUGGAAGAAGAGCCGAAUCGGAGGAGGCUGUAUCAAGUUUGGAGAGGAAGCAAUAAAUUUCUCUGCGGCGGGCGCCUAAUCUUCGGUCCGGACGCGGGUUCCCUCUUCCUGUCCACAGUUCUAAUCAUAGGCCCCUUGGUCGGCCUAUGCUGCCAGUGCAUCACAAAGAUGAACUCCAGCACCUCGGAUCAGAAGAAGAAUGUCCUCGGCCUGCCGGUCCUCAUCGCCACGGUCGUUCUCGGCCUAGCGGAUUUGGCAUUCCUGCUCUUGACGUCGAGCAGGGACCCGGGGAUCGUGCCGAGGAACGCGCGUCCUCCCGAGUGCGGCGACGAGCAGCAGGUGGUGGACAUGACGACGCCGUCGACCGAGUGGGUGAACGCGGCGAGCCCCCACCUCCGUGUUCCCCGCUCCAAGGACGUGGUCGUCAACGGGUGCGUGGUCAAGGUGAAGUACUGCGACACGUGCCUGCUGUACCGCCCGCCCCGGACGUCCCACUGCUCCAUCUGCAACAACUGCGUCCAGAAGUUCGACCACCACUGCCCUUGGGUCGGCCAGUGCAUCGGCCUGCGGAACUACCGCUUCUUCUUCCUCUUCAUCUCCACGUCCACGCUCCUCUGCUUUUACGUCUUCGCCCUGUCCUGGCUCAACAUCGCCGCCGAGAGGGAGGAGUACGGCGGCUCACUGCUGAAAUCCAUGGGCGGCGAGGUGCUGUCCGUCGUGCUCAUCGUCUACACCUUCGUGUCGGUGUGGUUCGUCGGCGGGCUCACCGUGUUCCACCUCUACCUCAUGAGCACCAACCAGACCACGUACGAGAACUUCAGGUACAGGUACGACAAAAAGGAGAAUCCCUACAACAGGGGCGCGCUAGCCAAUAUCGCCGAGGUCUUCUGUACGCGGAUGCCGCCCUCGCUCAACCGUUUCCGGUCGUGGGUGUCGGAGGACGACGACGCGUACGGCGGCGGCGGUGGCGGGGUGCUCUCUCCGAUGAGCGGCGGGCUCGAUCUGGAGAUGGGGCGCAAGGGCGUGCACUACAGCCCCGGCGGCAUCCCGGCGAUCCUUCAGGGGAUGGAUUACAGCGAGAUGGAGAAGAUGGACGCUGUGGGUGUGCACGUCAAGGACCGGCAAGCGGCGCCCGAGGCGCCGGACCUGUUCGUGAUCUCACCGGCCCGGCAGCACGACGUGGGCUGCGGAGGAGGAGGAGGAGGAGGAGGGGAACGUAGCCCCGCAACUGUACAGGACCAAGACGCUGAGAGGACACUUGUGAGCUCGAAUGCAAAUUCUCAACGGUGAUCAUGCGCGAGCUCUUUUUCUUUUCCCUUUUUGGCGCUCAGGCCUACGUCCUGCAAUUUUCCUUUCUUUUUUGCCACGACUGAACUGUAAAUUUUAUACGUGCAAGCAGCAGCGUUGCACUCGAAAGGGUCCGUAAUUUCGCUUAGUUUAAUUUUCUCUACUUCAUUUGGAGAAUAGCGGGAAUCAGGGCAUCUCUAAGAGCAACUCUAACGCGUCUAUUCAAAUGGAUGGCGUUUUUGUCCUUUUUUGUUUGCUUGGGUCAGCCGUUUGCUCGGCGUCCGCCCUGUUUAUUAUUUGGGUCGGCAGUGCGCCCAACGCCUGCGAUCCAUUUCAUGUUCGCGCAUAAAUUCGAAAAAACCCGCAGUCGUAGAACAUGCUAGCGGCCAUGCCGUCGCCUAAAGUUCAUGCUGGCACCAUGCCAACGGCUGGCAUACAUGCCAGCUCCAAAAAAAUAAACCAUAUAGUUCCUGCUGGUGCACUUCCCAGCGGCGGCACCAAUGUCAGCACACAAAAGGGGGCAAGAAAUUCAACCACGCCAUCUCGGCCGUGGUCAUGCCAGCACAC